UGGAAAAUGCCUUGUUCGAAAAUGUGGAGUCGUGCGAGGGGAGGGCGCACUUCGAGGUCGCCAUGCCGUUUAACUGGAUCCGUGUCUCGGCUUGGCAAUGCGCGUCUCGUCUCGCCUCGCUGUCGGUAACUCUGGGCUUUAUUUGAGUGCAACGACAGCUUGACGUCGCGUAUGUUUUCGGAACCGCUUGGUUGCGAUCACGAUACCGAGCCCUUUCGCUUUGAUCCGGUUUUUUUUUUCCGACCCGAGUUGGAUUUCCACGCGGUGGCUGCGGGGAUAGCCGACCGCGUCUCCGCUUUGCCAUCUGGGAUCUCAGUCUAAUUUCUCACCGCACGGUCUCGCCUUUCUUUCGAUGCAGCGAAGCAGUCAGGGCAAACAGGGAAAAAAAAAAAAGGGGUGGCUGACUGAUCUCGUUGUUGCGUGCCGGGGUGUUCAGACCUAGAAUCAGCCCAGCUUCUAACACGCUGCUUCCUCAGUCGCCAUACCGCCAGAGGAAACCUGUCUCCCCGUACUGCUUGUCGGUUCUACGCCGAUUUCCACUGGAUAUCUGUUAAAGACAAGGAGAGCUGUAGAGGAUGAAUGGUGAAAUGGAGACUUCCACUAAAGACAACGAACUCUGGUCCAAGGAGGAUCUGUUAAGGUUGCUGGACAGCAUGAAGGUCAUCCUCCCUCAGAAUGACCUGGGCAGGUUCAAAACAACAGAGUCUCACCUGGACUGGAAUAAAGUGGCUUUUGAUCAUUACUCAGCAGAGAUGUGCAAGCAGAAGUGGCUGGAAAUCUCUCAUGCGAUUCGGAAGUUUCGAACGCUGACUGAACUGAUAAAUGAUGCUCAAGACCAUGUCAAGAAUCCAUAUAAGGGAAAGAAGCUCAAGGAACAUCCGGAUUUCCCCAAGAAGCCGCUGACCCCCUACUUCCGCUUCUUCACGGAGAAGAGGGCGAAGUAUGCCAAGCUGCACCCCGAAAUGAGCAACCUUGAUCUGACUAAGGUCCUCUCCAUAAAGUACAGGGAGCUCCCGGAUCGAAAGAAGUUGAAAUACAUGCAAGAGUUUAAAAAAGAGAGAGAAGAGUUUCAACGCAGCAUGAUGAAGUUCAGAGAGGAACAUCCAGAUUUAAUAGAGAGCAAGAAACGUUCAGAUGUCCCUGAGAAGCCCAAGACACCUCAGCAGCUGUGGUUCAGCCAUGAGAAGAAGAUUUUUUUAAAAUUGCACCCUGGAGCAACCAUAAAAGACAUCAAGGAAGGUCUCGGGAAGCAGUGGUCGCAACUAACAGACAAGAAGAGACUCAAGUGGAUUAACAAGUCUCUGGAGCAGAAGAAACUGUAUGAGGAGGUGAUGCGCGAGUUCAUUCAGCAGCACCCGGAGCUGAACAUGACAGAGGAAGGGAUCAACAAGUCUACCCUCACGAAGGCCGAGCGGCAGCUGAAGGAUAAAUUUGACGGCAGACCUCCGAAAGCUCCUCCGAAUGGAUACUCGAUGUUCUGCGCAGAGCUCAUGACCCGAAUGAAGGAUGUUCCCAGUACCGAGCGCAUGGUGAUCUGCAGCCAGGAGUGGAAGCUUCUCUCACAGGAUAAGAAAGAUGAUUAUCAAAAACGCUGCGAGGUGAGAAAGAAGGAAUAUGAAAUUGAAAUGACCCACUUCCUGUGUAGCAUCUCUGAGGAAGAGCAGCAGAGGGUUCUGCGGGAGGAGAAGAUGCUGGGCUUCAGCAAGAAAAGCCCUUCGGCCAAAAAGAACACCAAAAGCAAGCAGAGCGGCUCCGAGAAGCCCAAGCGGCCCAUCUCGGCCAUGUUCAUCUUCUCGGAGGAGAAGAGGCACAAGCUGCAGCAGGAGCGGCCGGACCUGUCGGAGAGCGAGCUGACGCGGACACUGGCCCGCAUGUGGAACGAGCUGUCGGACAAGAAGAAGGAAAAAUACAAGCAGCUGGAGGCAACGCUGAAGGCCGAGUCGGAGAAGAAGGGCCCAGAUGAUCGUGCCAGACUGCCUGAGUCGCCUAAAACUGCCCAGGAGAUCUGGCAGCAGAGUGUCAUUGGGGAUUAUAUGGCCAGAUACAGGAAUGACCGCACCAAAGCUCUGAAAGCCAUGGAGGCCACCUGGAACACCAUGGAAAAAAAGGAAAAGAUCAUGUGGAUCAAGAAGGCAGCAGAGGAUCAAAAGAGAUAUGAGAGGGAACUGAGUGAGAUGCGUGCUCCCCCUGCAGUGGUUAACCCAGUAAAGAAGAUGAAGUUUGAAGGCGAGCCAAAGAAACCACCAUCAAAUGGGUACCAGAAGUUCUCCCAGGAACUGCUGUCCAGUGGGGAGCUGAACCAUUUGUCUAUGAAGGAGCGGAUGGUGGAGAUUGGGGGGCGCUGGCAGAAGCUGCCCCAGACCCAGAAGGACCGCUACAGGAAGAUGGCAGAGGAGAAGCAGAAGCAGUAUAAAGUGCAGCUGGAGCACUGGCUUGCGAAUCUGUCAUCACAAGACCGAGCCGCUUACAUCGAAUACACAUCAAAAAAACGCAAAGGGAAAUCAAAGCCUGGUGGGACAACCGCAAAGGUGAAGGCUCUCGUCAAUAAAUCGGAUUCCGAAGAGGAAGAUGAGGAUGAGGACGAUGAAGAGGAGGAGAAGGCGGCUUCUUCAGAUGAAGAGUCUUCCAGUGAGGAAGACAGUGAGGAGGAGGAGGAAGAGGAGGAUGAUGAGAACGAGGAAGAUGAUGACGAAGAGGUGGAUGACAAGGAGAACAAAUCUGAAAGUAGCAGCACCGGCUCGUCCAGCUCUGAGGAGUCCUCCGACUCGGAUUCCGACUGAUCCAAGGGAUGCCCGUAGGAAAAGAAAAUCCAUCCUUCCUGACUGUGAGCAUUGCAGAGCCAAGAAAUGGGGGAACAGUUCCCUUCCAUAAAUGCUGCUGUAAUAGCACUCCCCUCCCAGGAGGAGGCACCCUAUGAGCCGAAAAGACAGACAGCAAGAGUGCUUUUUGUGCAAAGAAUCCCUUCAAAUUCCCCCUGCCCUAGCUUAAACACACAGACACCUACAUGCUGGCCUUUAGGGACACGUGCGCUUUGCUGCAAGAGCUCUGUCCAGCUGACUCCCAACAGCCUGCUCCCAGAAUGUUUCUCCAUACUUUAGUUUUUAACACACAGUUCUUGAAAAGAACACUCACACCUCUGUCAGAACAAUGCGACAUGUUAUAAGGAGACUUGCUUUCACGUUUGGGGCAAAAAAAAAGCUGAACACCAAGACUUUUGUAAAGCAUUGUAACUUUUAAAAAACUGAAUACCACUUUUAAAGCUUUUUUGUGAUGUGAUGUAAAACAAAAUGCCAAAUUCCCUUAUUCUGCCCAGUAACGCUUUUUUGAAAGGGAUAUUGUUGAAUCUCACGGCUACUGUAUGCGGUAGGUAUUCCCAGUGACGAGGAGUGAAAGAGUACAGUUCACUUGCAGGCAGAGCAGGGGAGAGGUAUGGGACCACACACUUCCGUUUAAGCUAACGCAUUGAUUCAAGGCCUUUGUUGUCAAACAAGUGUUUUUGAUUGUGAUUUUCAUGAAGAAAUAAGCCAAGAAAUAAGCCAAGGCUAAUGACCUGUUAGGUUGGCCAAAUAUCAAUUAAAUGUGCUUUUGCUACAGAGUUAAAAUGCUAGUUACCUGUUUGGAAAAUGUUAAGUGGAGUAAUUUCUUACAUCACAUUUAAAGACUGGAAUAAGACCACCAUCUACUGUUUUCAGUUUAUGAAUCAAACUCUUUGGUGAGAAGGCCUAAAAGCCACAGCUAAGCAGACAAGUUUAAAUGCUUGUUCAGAAAAUGUUACUUGUGAUGCUUGAUGAGUAGUUUCAACAUCAGCAUCUGUUUAUAUUCUUUUGUUCGCCAUUAGAUUAGUAGGGGGACUCAGCUUGCAAUCGCAACCUUUGAUUCUAUGUCAUUUAAUUUCCCAGACUCAUUGACAGUAUUUCAGAAUCAUUUCCUUUAGUCCUAGAUUUGUUACGACCAACAUCCUUCCUUUUUUACUUUUUUUAGUGGUAGCUCACCUUUUCAGAAGCUACUAAAAAAAAUACAAAAGAUUUUAAGGAAUCAAAAUGCACAUGCUUUCGUUGAAAAGAACGACAACAGAACGCCAAGAAAGGAAAUUCAGUCUGUGGCUUUCAAAAGUUGAUUUUUUUUUCAAAGAGAAUGCACUCCCAGGCUACUGUACUCUAUGGAGCCCCCUAGUGGUGUAUGAUUAACUGUACUGCGUGAUUCUUGAGCCUCAGAAAUGCUAGGAACCAUCCAUUUGCGAUGAGCUGUUGUAAACCUAGUAUUUGUAGGAUGGAAAAUAGCUUCUGUGCAGUUAGGGUCAGAUAAAACAGAUUUUGUUUUAUCCACAUUGUCCUUACAAACCACUGUUUUUUAUGAAUCCUGAUUAUAAUCUCUACUGCAGAUUGUCAGGUCUCCCAGUGCAAUCAACAGACAGCUUCCAAAGGUGAAGAUGUGCACUUAAACUUUUAUUCUUACUUUUUAUUUACUUUCAUGAGAUUCCUACUAAGUUACCAAUUAGGUAUUAUAAUGGUGGGUUAACUGUUUUUAUUAAACCAGAACAAAUUUGCAUUUAGGACAUCAUUUUUAGUUUUUAAUCUUAAAUAUUCUAAGACCUUUCCUGUGAAUUCCCCACUAGCUUAGUGUAAAAAGACCACAUUUUUUUGUUGGGGAAAAGAAUGUCUAGUGAGGCCAAGCUGAAUGAGUAUUUUUCCUAGUAAAAAAAAUUAUGAGCACUCACUUUAGUAAAUGGAUGCAUAAAGAAAAAAAGUCAUGGAGUCAUUCACCUCCACCCAUGAGGAAAUAUUGACAUUGAAAUUAAAUAUUUCAUAACUGGAUCCAGAAGUCUUUUUAAAUCAAAGGAACAGUCUUCAGGCAUUACAAUCCUGAGGCCAAGAGCUGUAUUUCACUGUGGACUAAGAUAAUUUGUUUUCUGCUUCUUUGUUAUACUCUGUGCAGUGCAUACUUUGAAACAGGAAGAGUGUCACUGGUACAGUCCCACAAGUUAUUAAGUCCCUUUUGCCAGUUUGUUCAUAAGGAAAUGAAUGCAUUAAAGCUGCACACUGGGAAUUUCUAGUAUGGAGGGGGGGGGGGGUGUCAUGUGUUGGGUCUAAUAUGGUUGUAUGGUAUUUGUAUAUAAUGCUCUUUGUAACAAGUGGCUUUUGUUUUACUUGUAAGUAUAUUUUUAUUUUGUGGAGAAAAUCUUACUGUUAUUUGUAGGGCGCUGCGGGGUUAAUGAAAGCGAAGGCGCCAGUCUCGGCUGUAAGCGGCGACUUUAGUGCGUUUUUGCACUUCCCAGAUGCAUGCAGCUCUCGGGAGGUUUUUUUUCUAAUGUUUCAAAAGUGUUUUUUUUUGUAGAAACAAUAAAAAAAACAAACAAAAAAAAAAAGCUUUGCAGAUUUGUACUGCUCACGACAACCCAGAAAAUCUUUAUGAUGUUUUAUAGCAAAAGGUGUUCUUUAUUUCAAGUUAUUUACUAUUUGGGGCAAGUAAACUUUGUUUUUAUCAAAA